AUGCCCAACUCCUUGACGCGUCAGGCAGGUCUCAAACUCGGGCCGCUCUUCUUGGAGACGCUCGUCAAGCAUUAUUUAGACCGGAUUAGAAAAAGCGCGGGCGCGUCUGCGAUUCCUCUCAGGCAGGACGAGCUAUUGUACGACGAGGUGUUCAUUAUCGUGAAGGUGAGUUAUUUUGAGCUUGAGUGGCAUACAGUCGAAGAACUGCAGAGCUUUUCUAAUACCCGCACACCCUCCCCGCCAUGGGUUCACUCUGUACGGCUCAUUAUUCCUACCUCGUGCUGCGACGAAGCAGCAAAGCAUUUGAUCAAAGCAUUUGGAGGUGAGGGGUUCAUGAAACGCACAGUCGGCGGGACAAAGUGGUGGCAAGUCCGAGGCGUCUCGGGCGUCGACGCAGAGUGGAUCACGGCAAAGAAAGACUGGCAGGAGGCGAAACGUCGCGAAAAGCAGCGACGGAAGAGGUCGCGGUCGAGAUCGGGCAAGGACAAGACCGAUGCUGAGAAAAAAGACAGUUCAGAAGACGAUGCUGGGUACCAACCUGAGAUGGACGAGAUGCCCUGCAUACUAUACUCGCAUGGAGGUGGAUAUUAUUUCGGGAGUAUUGACCAAGAAAGGUAUAGCAUGCAGCGGUACGCGCGCAAGAUUCACGGGCGUGUCUUCGCUGUUAAUUAUCGGCUUGCACCACAAUACCCUUUUCCCUGCGCAAUCCAAGACCUACUCGCUGCAUACCUCUUCCUCAUCCGCCCACCUGAAGGCGCAGCACAUAAGCCCGUCAGCCCAGGUCGCAUUGUCAUCGCCGGGGACUCGGCAGGCGGUGGACUCUCUCUAGCACUUCUACAGGUCAUCCGCGACGCCGAUCUCCCCGCUCCAGCGGGCGGCGUGCUCAUCUCGCCCUGGUGCGACUUCACGCACUCCUUCCCGAGCAUCUUCAGUAAUACGGACAGCGAUGUCAUUCCCUCUACCGGACUUUCGUUGCACAAGCCGAGCGCAUUGUGGCCUCCCCCUUCGGAGGACAUGACUGUGCGCGUCCGCGACCGCCUGCGGGAUAAUCUCCGGCAUGCACUGCACUCGCGAAUCAAACGCUCAGGCAGCGGAAUCGACGCGCCAAACGCCUCCGCCGCGCCCCCCGGUGCACCCCGCCCACCAUCUAUUCUCUCCCACUCCCUUCUAAGCACUAGUGGGCCCAUCCACAUUGGAUCAACAGCCUCACUUCCGCCGUCUGGGUCCCUCUCGGACCAGUCUGUCUCCCUUAUCACGCCUGAGGGCGAGCGCAUCACGAUCGCGGAGCAACUCCAGCUGUACGCGCCGAACGGGCUGCUGAAGCAUCCGCUCGUGAGCCCCGCGUUGUCGUACCUGGGCGGGCUGCCGCCGUUGUUCUUCAUCGCAAGUGACAGGGAAGUGUUGAGAGACGAGGUGAUCUACGCGGCGCAUAGGGCAGCGAAUCCGGAUCGAUUCCCGUUGACCGACGAGGUGCGGGCCAUGUACCCCGCCCUUGAAGGCAUCGAAAGCCGGUGUGGUCCAACCCCGGUGCAUUUGCAGGUUUAUGAUGACGCCGCCCACGUCCUCCCUGUGCUUUUUUCGUUCACGACGCCGGCCAAGUACUGCUACCGGGCAAUUGCCACAUUCUGCAAACACGUAACCCGGGUGGACCCCACGCCGCUCAGCCCGAUCACGCCUCCACCCAUCUUCACACAAACCCCAGACGAUCCUGGAGAUCCACAGGGGACAGGUGUCUCAAUCAAGAAGGCGGACACAUUACCUUCGAGCUUCAAGAAUGGAUCUCAAUGGGAGAAAACCCGACUGUACAAAACGUCGUUCUCGUCAGGACUCGCACGCACAGCAUCAACUUUACGGUCUCGCAGCUUCCAGUCGGUGCGAGGAGAAAGCGGAGCUUUUCCGGAGCCGAACGCCUCUUCAACAGGGACUUUAUCGAAGGGUGGCUCGGUGGACGUCGCCGGUCCUCGCUUCGGCCACUCAACAUCGCCACCACAUGAUAAGGAACUGCACGCUGGAAACUAUGAGGUCUAUGAUGGCACAUGGGCUAUCUCGGUUUCGAACAACGAUAUGAUCCGCGAGCGCGUCUCCACUCAAGGCGCGAUCAGGCCUCUCGAAUCCGAGGACGAGCUUCCCGCCCUUCAAGUCCCCCCAGAGCUCAUCGGGACCUUGUCAGAAAAAGCGAUCCGACGAUACACAAGUGGUAAAGAGAAAUUCGAUAGGAAAUUCGCGGGCGCCAUCAAGAACAUCGCCAAGCAUCGUGCGCGGAACCUCGAAGUCGCGAAGAAGGACGCUUCGAUGCACAUCGCGCGGCUCCAGCACUAUCUCGAGCAGGACGAACAUCCAGAGAGGUCGGCGAAGAACAACAGGCACUCGGUCGCACAGGGCUUGUUCAACUCGUCGGCGAGCUGGGGCCUUGCAUGGGCGCUGGACAGCGACGAGCAUCCGCCCCCAAGCAGCAUCGUUGCGAGACGUGAUACGGAGGAAGCGAUACAGCUCGCGCGGGUGGCGGACCGGGGGUUGGUAGCGGAGGAGAGCGCGGUCACGGCGAACAAUCUGUGGUCUGUCGUGGUCAACUUUUUGACGGUGACGCCCGAGACCGGUGGGGUGAGGAUGGGCCCAUCGAGGGUAAGGCCGGCGUUCGGUGUGUGGACGGGGAAACGCAAGCGCCAGUCGAAGUUUGUGCCGUUUUGGAGGAUCGGGAAGGACCCCAAGGGGGUCCCGAGACAGAAUGGAGAGAAGGAGAAUGCCGAGAGCAAAGAGCCACUACCAGUCUAA